UACCUGAAAUAACACGCCAUUUACUUCCGGUCCGUCGACGGAAACACAAAGCUGCUGUGUAAUCGUACGAUUUAGCUGUGCGAUAGUUAGACAACAGAAUCCUUCCUCAAAAUGCCGGAUUAUCUAGGAGAUGACCAAAGAAAGACAAAGGAAGAGGACAAGGAUGACUCCCCAAUCAGAGCUUUGGAUGAAGGAGACAUCGCUCUACUGAAGACAUACGGUCAAAGCACUUACUCCAGACAGAUAAAACAAGUGGAAGAUGACAUUCAACAGCUGCUCAAAAAGAUCAACGAGCUUACAGGUAUUAAAGAGUCAGAUACAGGACUGGCGCCACCUGCUCUUUGGGAUCUGGCUGCUGACAAGCAGACCCUUCAAAGUGAACAACCCCUUCAAGUUGCAAGAUGCACAAAGAUCAUCAACGCAGACUCCGAGGACCCGAAAUACAUUAUCAAUGUCAAACAGUUUGCCAAGUUUGUGGUGGACUUGAGCGACCAGGUGGCCCCGACAGAUAUCGAGGAGGGCAUGAGAGUCGGGUAA